AUGGUCCAAUUUAUUAAUUCUUUUUGGUGGGUAAGUCUGGGACUGGGAUGGGGAAGUUUGAUUUUUGUUUUUAAUUCGGGCGCCAUGCAGGUGCUGGGCGACUGCCCCGAGCUCUCCUACAACAUGGCGCUGUGCUGCUACGCCGCCAAGCAGUACGCGCCCGCCCUCAAGCACAUCUCGGACAUCAUCGAGCGCGGCAUCCGCCAGCACCCCGAGCUCGCCGUGGGCAUGGGCACGGAAGGCAUCGACGUGCGCAGUGUGGGCAACACGCUGCUGCUGCACCGCACUGCCCUCGUGGAGGCCUUCAACCUCAAGGCAGCCAUCGAGUACCAGCUGCACAACGUGGAGGCGGCGCGGGAGGCGCUCACCGACAUGCCGCCCCGCGCUGAGGAGGAGCUGGACCCUGUGACGCUGCACAACCAGGCGCUCAUGAACAUGGACAGCCAGCCCAGCGAGGGCUUCGAGAAGCUGCAGUUUCUCCUGCUGCAGAACCCCUGCCCGCCAGAGACAUUCGGCAACCUGCUGCUGCUCUACUGCAAGCACCAGUACUAUGACCUGGCGGCCGAUGUGCUGGCUGAGAACGCCCAUCUGACCUACAAGCUGCUCACGCCCUAUCUGUACAACUUCCUUGACGCCAUCAUAACAUGCCAGACGGCUCCCGAAGAGGCUUUCCACAAGCUGGACGAGUCAGCAGGGACGCUGACGGAGCAGCUAAGAAAACUCACAAAGCAGGUGCAGGAAGCUAGGCAAAACCGGGACGAUGAAGCCGUAAAAAAGGCAGUAAACGAGUACGAUGAGACUCUGGAGAAAUACGUGCCUGUCUUGAUGGCCCAGGCAAAGAUCUACUGGGACAUGGAGAACUACACGAUGGUAGAGAAGAUCUUCCGCAAGUCGGUGGAGUUCUGCAACGAGCACGAGGUGUGGAAGCUCAACGUGGCUCACGUGCUCUUCAUGCAAGAAAACAAGUACAAAGAAGCCAUUGGCUUCUAUGAGCCCAUAGUUAAAAAGCACUAUGAUAACAUUCUGAACGUCAGUGCGAUCGUGUUAGCCAACCUCUGCGUUUCCUACAUCAUGACAAGCCAGAAUGAGGAGGCCGAGGAACUCAUGAGGAAGAUUGAGAAGGAGGAAGAGCAGUUGUCCUACGACGAUCCGGAUAAAAAGAUCUACCAUCUCUGCAUUGUCAAUCUAGUCAUCGGUACCCUUUACUGUGCAAAAGGGAACUACGACUUUGGCAUUUCAAGGGUCAUUAAAAGCCUAGAGCCAUACAACAAAAAAUUAGGCACCGAUACAUGGUAUUAUGCCAAAAGGUGUUUCCUGUCCUUGCUGGAGAACAUGGCGAAGCACAUGAUAACGCUACGCGACAGUGUUACUCAAGGGUGCAUCCAGUUCCUGGAGCACUGUGAACUGUAUGGAAGAAAUAUCCCUGCUGUCAUAGAGCAGCCACUUGAGGAGGAGAGGAUGCACAGCGGGAAAAACACAGUUACGUACGAAGCCAGGCACUUGAGGGCACUCAUGUACGAGAUCAUUGGGUGGAACACGUAAUCCAU